GCUGCUGCUGCGGCUGCUGCUGCUGCUGCCUCAACCUGCAGUACGUCCGCACCCUGCCCGGCAUGCUCAGGCUGGCCCAGCUGGCCCUGUCCUGGCUGUGCAACUGGCUGGUGGGGCGCUACGCGCUGAGGGUGGCCGCCACGCUGGGCAGCGCCAUGCCCUCCUUCUUCCUGGCCACGGCAGGCGGCGCGCUGGGCUGCAGCCUCCUCCUGGCAGUGGCCCUGCUGUCCACCAAGAGUGUCGCCCUCCUUAGAGCCUCUCUCUUUGAAAUCGCUUUCCAUGCGACAGCUGUGGGGCUGUAUGCCAGCCAGUCGUCCUACCUACAUGUAGCAACGUCGAUCUACUUGGAGCCGUACAAAAAUGAUCUGGAAGCUUACACCUACCCAGCCAUCGUGACAUCUUAUUGGCUGGGCUAUUUUCUAGCUGCAUUGCAUAGUUUAGAUACUGUGUACGCUCUAAAGCAUUAUGGAAGAUCUCGCCGCUAAGUUCCUUUCUCCUGUACAAGACUUGCCAAAGACUGGCCACCCAAUGCAUUUCUGUUGUAUAAAGUAAGAUUCAUUCUGUGAUAAGUAAAUACCUAAUUUAAGGAUAUCGAACUAAUUUUACAAGUUUACUAAUAUUUUUAAUAAUAAUCAGCUAGUAACAUAGCAUGUUUAUAAAAUAUAAAACUCAUUUAAUUCCUUAUUCAACAAAUGUUGAUCCCAGAAUAAUAACCAAA